AUGGCCCCGAGGAUCGAGAACCUCGCGAUCACGAACAAAUCGCGGGUCUGGGUGCUCGCGAUAGUCCCGCAGGUCUCGCCGUUCUGGCGUCUCUACCCCACGGUCCCACUGCUCGGCAUGACGCCUGGUGCGAUCCUCAAACUCGCGAGGAUUGCGGAUGCCACUGUGCCGCUCAAGGUGGUCGUAACCUUCGUGGUGGUGUGA